GGGCUGCAGAGUGCAGUGGGGGGCAAGCAUAAGGCGGCUACAGUAAACCAGAAGGCCUCUGCUCCACCUUCAGAGAUGUCAGCCUCGACUCUCUCGUCCCUACUGACGGCGGCGGCAAUGCUGCUACUGCUGACGCUCGUUCUCACGGGCGUCAGGAGCUCGUCCGUGGCUGACGUUGGUGAAAAUGGCAGCGUAGUUGGGAGGAACAGCAAGUUUAUCUUCACUCUUGUGAAGUUUCCGAACGUGAUGUGUGGCUCCGGCAUCGACUCCGGCACCUGCGUCACGGGCGCCGAAUGCACGGCCAAAGGAGGCAGCGUCGUCGGCUCCUGCGCCAAAGGAUACGGAGUUUGCUGUAAAGUGAUCCUGACGGGCUGCGGCGGCACCAUCACCCAGAACAACACGCUGGUGCUCUCGACGGACUACCCGAGCUACUACAACGAGGCCAAGACGUGCGAGUACAAAGUGCAGUUCGACGACACCGCCGGCAACGUUUGCCAAAUCCGCUACGAACACAUCAGCAACGAGCUCGUGGCGCCUAAUAUAUACGGUGUCUGUGAAAAUGACAAACUCGUGUUUAAGGAAGACACGAAAUCUACGUAUUUCUGCGGAAAGGCUCCAGACAACUACCAAUGGAAUGUGGCGACGGCAAGCACGAGUAGCCCCCACACCUUCACUAUUACGACUGACAGUUCGAGUUCUAACCGCCGCUACGCCAUCUUGGUGACGUGGAUUCCCUGCUCGGUGAGAGUGCCUGGCACGUGUGGCAUGUACUUCGAUGGCCUUUCUGGCACGAUUACGUCGUACAAUUUUAACAAUGGCUAUUAUUUAGCGGGCCUUAAUUACGGCAUAUGCUUUCGAAAGGAGCAGGGGAGGUGUACCUACACACUUAGGAAAACGACAAACGCUCAGUUCAUCGGCGGACCAACAGACAUUCUGAGACUCCCGAUGGGCAGGGAAAUCAACCUCCAGAACGACCCUUCCUUCUUGUUCGCCUCCAUCGUCUGCCCCACGCUGUCCUCGUCCGCCAUGUACCGCAACCCCUCCAUCUGCUUUUAUCCGAGAGACCCUGUUAUAUCAGAGGAAAAAGAGUGA